GGAAAUUCAAUAUGGCCGCCGGAAAAGUAGCAAGUGCCCGUUUUCGAUCAGAUUGGUGGAAAAAUGGCGGGAACAAUUGAAUUGUUAUUGACGUUUUGAAACUAGGAAACUGCUGACACCAUCAACAAUGGGAAAAUUUCAAGCUUUUUUCUUUGAGCAAACUGCUUUCAGAAAAACGCCCAAACGGUACAGGAAGACUGCCGAGGAGUUGCCACAAAGUUUGAGGUUUGCUCAUUUAAACCCAAAAGUUGCUGCAUAUUUGGCAACCAAGGCAAACAUUCAAAAGGAUGAUGACAGUGAUUCUGAAAAGAGAGGGUUAUUACCUGAUAUAAAUCAGUCUUUCAAUCUCAUUCGAGGAGGCUUGGAUAAUAACCUAGACAAUGAUGAAGAUGCACAAAAGUACUAUUUUGAAGAUGCAAAAAUAAAUUCAGGGAAUGUUCUAGAUGAAUUAUCAAACUUUUUAUAUUUGUUUAACGAUGAACCUCCGAGUAUCCCAAGGUCAGUAGAAUACCAAUUGCAGUGCAGUCAUAAAGAACUAGUUACAGAUGCUAAAUAUACAUAUCGAGAAUGGCAAACUCAGGCUAUGAACGAUGCUAAUCCGCCAAAAAAUUUUGGGGAUGUGAAAAGUGAAGAUAGUAGAGACAGAGAUAGUGCAGCUGGAGAGGAUAUUAAAAUGGAAAAGAAAAAGUCAGCAAAUAUGUUAACUUUAGACAAUAUAAGAGAAGACCACUCACAGACACGAAGAUGUGGCUCAGCAGUGUCACAAGUGCCAUCUAUAAUUAGUCGGAAGGACAGUCAUAAGAUAAAACCUCAUACUGCGCCAGGUCCAAAAACAAGACUAGAAAAGUAUAAAGCAGUGCAUUCUGAAAGCAGAGCAGGAUCAUCAAAUGAAGGAAGGCGAUCAUCAAACAGACAUUAUCUGCAUCCAGGAGAUGACACAGCCUCUGUAUCAAGUCAUAUGAUGAGUGAUAGGCUUUCCGAGGCAGGAAGUCGAGCAGUCGCCAACCAGGAAAGAAACAGUUAUUACCAGGUUAUAAACUUCCAACUCUCCUCCAAGCAAUGUGAAGAAAAAGGCUGGAUCAUUCAACCAGAUUCCAGGGACGACAAAGAGACGGAAACGAUAUUAGAAUGGGCACGUCAACGACUCCAGCUCUCCAUUCAACAAAAACAUGAGCAGCAAAGUACAGACAGAGCAAAGGGGAUGGGCAAACCCAGUAUAGUACGUUACUAUGGAGACAAUACCAGGAAAGAUGCAAUGACUAAAUAUAGAAAAUCGGCUACUAAAUCUGCGGCAUUAGCUAAAGGUGCUAAGCCAAGAAUCCCAAAUCUGAGUGCAAUUGAAAAAACAAAUGAAGGCAAGAAGUUGUUAAUGGUCCAAGUAGCUGAUGGAUCAGCCACUGUAUUCUACCCCUCUGGAAGAACAGCCAUUAUUCACAGUGCCGGAGCAAAUAGUCAUCCAGGCACCUAUACGCUAGUCUAUGAUGACACACCAGAUAAAAAAUUACUGGCUGUGUUUACUCCUACAGGCCGUGGUUCUUGUUACCAUGCCAAUGGGAAUGUCAGAUUUGUGGCAACUCCUGAAGGGGGUACAGUCUCAGAGAUAGAUGGCAGCAUCUCUAAACGCUGGAAGUGGCCUCCGAACUCUUGCAAAUUGCCUGCUUCUAUUGUGUUCAAUUUGAGCGCUCACCUGAUGUUUCGCUGCUUAAACCUUCAACAGAUGCAGUUGUUCUUCCAAUGUCAAAAAGAGAAUGUGAAGUUUGGCGUGGGUCUGGCAGAUGGCGCCAGUGAACCAUCUAAACAAGAUUUGGGCUACCUAUCGACUGGAAUCUCCUUUAGUUCUGAGGCAGCCAAAGAAUUUGAAAAACCCUCCAAACAGCAAAAACAAGAAAUGAAAAAGAAGCCCAAGGGCAACUUAAAAAGCAUCAAGGAAAAAACAACAAGUGUUGCAGAGCUUAAGAAAGUUCUGGAUUUCCCAGAGAUGGUCAUGAAUGAUGUGGAUGCUGAGAAAGAUCUCAUUAAGGUCCAGAGAAAAAUAAAGAACCUUGUUGAGGAUUGGAUGGAACACUACAGAAUUGCCAUAGGAAUGAGUGUUCCAACACACAACCUUAAAGACACCCCUGAUAUUCCAACAAAGAGACGAGAUAUUAAAUCCGCAAAAUCAACAAUUGGAUCAUCAAGACCAGUGAUUGAAGACUUGAAGGAAGACGGAGAGGAUAUUGUAAGGAAGAAGAGGGCACCAUCUGCACCUCCAGGUUCCAUGCAGAAAGAUCGUCCAGGUAGUUCAGUGACUGAAAUCACAGAGGGUGGUCUGAACAAAUCCUCAGUGAAGUUCAACGAUAAGGUUUAUGAAACUGAAAUUUUGGAUGGUGCAUCCAUAGCCCAGUCUCGUGCCACACCAAAUAUAGGGAACACAAGGUCAUUGGUCGGGUCUGCUGGUACGACAAGAACAUUUCAGUCUUCACCCCAUAAGAGCCCCCUAACCUUACCCCAUGAAAGAACCUGGUCCCCACCCAGAGGCACGUGUCCAGUUGCUCUCAGGGCUGAGAUGCUAGGUGAAGAAAGACCGAUGUGUAAGUGUACACGCCACAAGGUUCCAGUCAUUAAGGAUAUAGAGUAUGAUGAGUUUGUGAGACACCAAGUCCCCGAGAGACAACUUAUUGUGGUCGGCAUUGUCACAACUUACUUCCCCCAUGCCAACCCUAGCAUGGAAAUGUUGGAGCACAUAUAUUCAGAGAAAAGCAAGAACAGAACCAGGCCCUGUCUGCAGGCCCGUAACGACCCAUUUCGUCUGCUUCUCUAUGACAUUGUCACUGCAUCAGAGAUGGCGGAUCACUCCCAACCAUUGUUGCUACGCCGACAUAAUGUAGUCCCUGGUAUGUUCCUCAUGUAUGAGGGAGGAAAAUUGCUAUUUUGUGACCAUAUAUUCAAUGGCUAUGGCAAUGCGAGGAAGGACUUUAACAAGCAGAUUAUGAAAACUAGAAGGGAGGCCACUUUACAUUUCAGUCUUCCACCAGAUUUCAAAUUCAGUCCAAGUAAAGGACGUCGUGGACCAAGGUCUGCUUGGGGUGGUCAAAUAGGUGGAGCUGGUGUAGAUCGUCAUGGUAGUGCUGGAGCAACAUUAGAAUCCACCAUCUUGAAUAAAGCAGAUUCCGAUACUAGUUCAGAUACUGGUCUCAUAGCAACCAAUAAUCAGAAGAAUGCAUCACCCCUUCCAAGUUCUAAGUUUGUCAACUGGACGUUGUCCCCGAGUGCUUACUUCCCAAGAGAGAAAAUGCGACCAUCCACCUCUGCAGCAACUCCUGUCCGAACACCCAAUGCAACAUCACUUCAUAUUAGUGCUUAAAAUGCACUUCAAAAUAUCUUAGAAUGCUGAAAGGUUCCUUGGUCUGACGUCAUAUAUUGUGUUCAAAAUCUUUUGAUAACACAAGAUGAAACCAGUGUAAGGCACAGCCCCAAGACAGUUUUCCUGAUUGUUUUUGAAGGUUUUCAUCAGACUGAAGACUAAAUUUCUGAUAUUCUAAAGUAUUAACUGUUUCUCAACACCAUGAUAUGAUAUUACCAUAGUGAUGCCAUGAGACGAUUAAAUUUCAGGAUUCAAUCGUUAUUGUUAAUCAAAUAUUUAUAAAGAGCCAGGCUACACGGUGACAUUAUUUCCACAUUGUCUGACAUUAUAUUGAUGAUAGAAUUCUGUAUAAGUUUAAGAAUAAUUAAAGGUGAAAGGCUUAUAGUGUCUGCUGUUCUGUAAUCUCAUCAUGUAUUACUAUUACCUUCAAGGGGCUCCCAAAGGGUUAAAUGCCAGUGGAUUAAUCACCAUAUGGAUUUCCCCCCCCCCCCUGUGGGAUCCCCUUAACAACUCAUGCUGGUCGUGAUUGUUAAAAUAUUGUCUCACAGUUAGCAUAUUAUUUUUUGUGUUCAGAACUGCAUGAACAAAAACUGAGAAAAAUGUAGCAAAUGAUUAAAAAGGCUCAGUCAGUUUCUAACUCCAAUCCUGAAAUACUCUAAAAUAAAAAAACAUUCAAAAUUGCAUUUCAAAUCGGGGUCUCUAAAAAAUUCAUCUCACCUUGUAUUACUUGACUAAAAUUGAUGGAAUGAACAACUUUUAAAAGUAAAACAGUAUCUGCAUUCUAAACUUUAUGUAUAUAAUUAGUAAAUUAUGUAACAGUGGAUGGGACACAAAUGUAUUUUAUCUACUUUGUAUAUUUGCAGUACUACUAAAUAUUUGCAUAUAAAAAUUAAAAACAAAUAGUUUGUGUACCUGUAGAAACACACAAAAAUUAAAAAAUAAACAAAAUGUGAUAGA